AUGGCCGCCACCGAUGGCCAAAUCAUAUUGGCGGCAUCCCGUUUCGGAGAUGCCACGCCCGUUUAUCUGCGCGACUUUUCCAAACAGCCGCUGCCGGCGGUGGCCAAAAUACUUAAGGGGCAGCACCAGGCGCUGGGCGUGCCCACCCUUUCGGCGCCCUCGUUGCAGAGCACCGCGCUGUUCUUGAGCGCCGGCAAGAAAUAUCAGAUACUGGCGCAGCCCAUCAAGAUCAAAGAGGGACGCAAGCCCACCAAUGUGGGCGCUAAGGUGCUCAUACCGGAGACCUAUAACGGCUACUUCGAGCUGCUUAGCGAGGAUGGCCGUUCGACGCGCUGCAUCGACUCGGUGCUGGAGUUGGCGCGACGACGCAACGCUAGGGUCCUGGUGCGUGAGACGUUCCGUUGCCAGCAAUUGAAUCGCACCAUUCACGCCGGCGAACUGCUGACCACCAUGAACGACAACGGUAAAUUUCUGCAGUGCCGCAACAUCAAGGACGAGAUCAUCAAUCUGCCACUCGAUACCAAAGCCAAGUUCUCGCCGAUAGCGCGCGAGGACAGCAUCAGCGGUGUGCAUACGGUCAAGAAUCUGUUGCUCAAGCGUAUGCCAGUGAUUGUCAGACUCGUUCACGGCAGCGCGCCAAAGGGUCUGAAGCAGCCGUUUGUGCCGGAGCUGCGUCUGCUGGGCUACGUGGAGAUCGAUCGGAUCUUUGCGCUGCCCCUGCAAAAGGAUACGGAUUUGGUGCCGGUGCCGUUGAAUGCGAAGAUCAAGCUGCAGCGUGCCAAGAACAUGGAGCAGCUGGAGCACUUCAUUGAGUAUACGCGCUUUCUGGACAAGGCGCAACGUUUGCUGGCCGAUGCGCGCGAUCGUCUGCAAGUUGUUGAUCUCAAGCUGAGCGAGAAGGAGAAGAAGGACUCCAAGUUCAGCAGCCGCAAUGGCAGCGGCAAUCGGCUGCCCAUUGUCAUGCUGCCAUCGGCCGCGGGCCUGGCCAGCGGCUGGAUGGAGAGCGGCUAUGUGUUGCGUAAGAGCGCCAGCUGUGAUUCGUGGUCCAAGCAGCAUCAGCUGCAGCAUCAGCAGCAGCAGCAGCAGCAACAGCAGGCGCUCAAUAGCAACGAUAUUGCCGAGGAGUACAACGAGAUUGAUCACAUCUAUGAUUAUGUGCGUGGCCUGACACCGCUCUCGAAGGGUUUGGCACGAUUCGAACCGAUUUGCGAAUCGCCUACGCUCAAAUCGCAUCAUACGGACAGCAGUGGCAAUGGCAACUAUUGCAGCCUGAUACGCGCACCGAUUGCUGCUGCAGCAGCAGCACCUCCAGCACAGCAGCAGCAGCAGCAGCAGCAGUCGAACAGCAACAUCAACAACAACUACAGCAGUCUGGAGUCGAAUAAGCACAGCAGCAGCAAUGGCGGCAACACACAUCAUCAUCAAUAUCAUUUGCUGGUCAAUCACUAUCAUCAUAGCCAUAGGCAGGAGGAUAUUAAGCCCGUGCCGCCGCCCAUCGAGACGAUUCCGGGCAAGAAGCCAGCCGAGAAGCGACAGCGUCCCACACUACCAAAGCUUUACAUCAAGAAUUCGAAUGCGAAUGCGAAUGCGCAUAGCGCCGGCAGCAGCAGCAAUGGCAACUCCACUGGCGGCACCAGUCACAGUCACAGUCACAGCCAUAGUCACAGUCACAGUCACAGUCAGCAACAUUUGCCGCCAACGCCCAAUAAUAACAGUAACAACAUCAUCAACAACAACAACAACAAUACAGCUGCCAUUGUGGCUGCUGCAGCGAUCAAUGCACAUCACGCUCACUCGCAUGGGCAUCCACACACACACACGCACGCACACCCCCAUCCACUGCCACAUCCACACCCACACCACGGCAAGGUGCUGACGCCCAACAAUCAUUUGCCUGUUAAGGAAUCGCUGGAGCCGCAGUCGCCGCUGUUUCAUAUCAGAUACAAGAGCCUCAGCAGUCUGCAGUUGACGCCCGAUAGCAAUACAGCGGCCAUGACGCCGCCGAUCUCAGCCAAGGCAGCGGCAGGAGGAACAGUUGACGCCUGCUCACAGACGCCGCCCGAUGUGGUGCUCAAGUGCAGCAGCAUACUGAAUACCCAUGGCUAUCUACACAGUCACAGUCACAGUCAGAGUCACAGUCAGAGUCACAGUCACAGCCGCAGCUCGAGCAGCAACAAUCAUCAUAAUCCGCGCGAGGGCACACUCGACUCAUCGCGCAGCGGGGGACGAACGUCGGGCGAUUCACAGAAGCAGCUGCCGGAGAAGAAGACGCGACGCUUGUCACGGCCGCGCAGCCUCUCCAAUUUGGUGUGGGAUCUGCGGCCGAGCAAGGAGAAGUCCAAGAAGAAGCUCUAUGUGCAUCAUUUCGAUCAGCGUCAACAGGCGACGCUCUAUCUAUAGGAAGUUAUGAUGGGGGAGAAGCAAACUGAAGUGAAGUGAAGUUGGAAGAAGAUUCGUUGCCAAAUCGUUUCGCUGCCAUCAACGACAAACCCACAGACAACAAACAACAACAACAACAACAAAACAAACAACAACAAGCAACA